AUGGGCGGACUGGACCAAGAAGUCCUCGUGGAGCAGGUCAAAGAUCCUGAGGACUUCCAAACUUGCUUUGAAUGCCUUGCAGAGGCAUUUGGUCGACAGGCAGACGACAAUCUAUGGAUCAGUACCAACCCGGGUUGGGAUACACCUGAAGGUGCUCGUAAAAACGCAGAAAGGAUGAUUGAUCACUGGCGCAAAUCCGACAGCAACACACUGCAUCUCAAGGCCACCAUACCAGAUGACCAAAACCCAGCAUCCAGGCGGAUAGUGGGGUUUGCAAUAUGGUCACAAAUUUCCAUGGUGCCCGGACAAGGACAGAAGCCAAAGGAAUGGAAGCCCAGUGAUUUUGAAAUGCACCAUCCUGAUGACGAGAGGGAACGACGAUACGCUUCUCAGAUGCUAAAUUCUUUACAAAGCCAGCGCCGGGCAUAUAUGCUUGAGCGGGCCAAUAAAAGCCCGCCGUACGUUAUGGCACUUGACAUUUGUGCGGUGCAUCCUAGUUACCAACGCCGUGGGAUCGCUUCUAAGCUGGUUCAGUGGGGUUUGGGAGAAGCAAAACGACGUGGAGAUCUCGAGGCCAUCACGGAGGGAUCUGUCAGGGGAAGGCAUGUCUAUCAAAAGCUAGGUUUCAGCGCGGAUGGUCCUGAGAUUGAAUAUCAAUUGGACGAGGAAUUUGCCAACCGCAUUUCCCCAUCCAAUUUGUUCAUGAGAACCGGGAGUGGCUACUAG